GUGUCCACGGAGGAGGGGGAGCGCAAAGCGAAGGAACUCAACGUCAUGUUCAUCGAGACCAGCGCUAAGGCGGGCUACAACGUCAAGCAGUUAUUCAGGCGAGUGGCCGCCGCUCUACCAGGCAUGGAGUCGCCAGAGAAUAAGAAGAUCGACACCGUGGACCUGCGCCCUAACCCCCCUCCCCAGGACGCCCCCCAGGACCAGGAAGGGGGAGGUUGCAUCUGCUAGGACACCGCUGCCUUGCUGUAGGAUCCCCUUAUCUUAUCCUAUAAUCAGAACAUCCUAUAUGAACUCCUUCUGAACAUCAGGAGUUUAUUCUUUUGAACUUAUCCUAUGCGCCGGAUGAUCUUUUAGAACUGAUUAUUUCUACAGCAUCAUCUUACGUUAAUCUCGGCUCCAGAAGACGCUCUGUGCAAUCCCAUAUGCAGAUAUACUCUUAUUUAAUACUACACGUUGAUCCUCUUCUGCAUUUAUAGGUAUAAAAGUCUCAUUUAUCUCAACCUGUAUAAUAAUGUAUACUUUCUUCACUCUGGACUCGCCUGUCACUAACAUUCUAUUUACUUCAAUUUGUCGUCGCGAAAUUUUUCAGCUUAUACAGAGACAUUUACCUUAGGAAAUUCUAUGUAUUAAUAACUCAAUUAGGUUCAGUUUAAAUUAUUUUCUCCUGGCUAGCGAGUUUACAUGCAGCGCCACCCCCGACAAUCGCCCCCUACAGAGAAACCCCAAAAAAUGGCCCUCUAAAGAGCAACCCCCGGCAAUCGCCCCUUACAGAGCCAACCUUAGGCAAUCGUCCCCUAAAGAGCAAACCUCCGGCAAUCGUCCCCUAAAGAGCAACCCCCGGCAAUCGUCCCCUAAAGAGCAACCCCCGGCAAU